AAAAAAAUAUACAUAUAUUUAGAGACCUGCAACAUAUUAUAUAUAUAUAUAUAUAUGGGUCAUGGCAGUCUUCCACUUACUGCAACCUCAUACCAUUCGAAUAGCAUUGCUUUUCAAUCACUCCAGUAACCACAAAAAAAUGGUGGACGCAGUUCUUUCUAACAUUGUGACUGAAAUUGUGAAGAAGUUGAGCUCUGCUGCUUUCCAAGAGACCCAAUUGCUGUUUGGUCUCAAAACAGAGUCUCGCAGAUUGGAGGACACCAUUUCCACGGUGAAAGCAGUACUUCUUGAUGCCCAGCAACAGCAGCACGACCCAGACAAUCAGGCUAGUGUUUGGCUCAAAAAGCUCAAAGAAGUGGUUGAUGAUGCCGAUGACUUGCUGGAUGACUUCUCAACAGAAGAUUUGCAGCGUAAGGUGAUGACCUCCAACAAAAAGGCCAAGAAGGUACUCAUUUUCUUCUCAAGCUCAAACCAGCUGUUUUUCCGUCUUAAGAUGAGUCACAAAGUUAAGGCCAUUCGUGAGAGACUAGAUGCCAUUGCUGAAACUAAGAUCAAAUUCCACUUUAGUGUUGAACCGCCUAUAGAUAUGCAACUUCGGAUCGAUAGGAGGGAGGAUAGUCACUCUUUUGUGGUUGCUGAAAAUGUUAUUGGGAGGGAUAAUGAUAAAAAGGCAAUUGUAGAAUUGUUGAUGCACUCCGAGGUUCAAGAGAAUGUGUCAGUCGUUGCAAUAGUUGGGAUCGGGGGGAUGGGAAAAACCGCACUUGCACAAUUAGUAUCUAGUGAUGAAAAUGUCAAAAAACAUUUUGAAAUUAAUAUGUGGGUGUGUGUUUCUGAGGACUUUGGUGUGGAACAAGUGGCAAAAUAUAUAAUAGAGAGUGCAACAGGCGAAAAAACUGAAGGCCUUCAGAUGGAUGGGGUGCAAAAGAAACUUAGGGAAAUAAUUGAUGGGAAGAAAUACUUUCUUGUGUUGGAUGAUGUUUGGAAUGAGAAUCGUGACCGAUGGUUAAACUUGAGAGAUCUGUUGAAGGGUGGUGCAAAAGGAAGUAAGAUUCUAAUAACCACUCGUAGUAAAUUAGUUGCAACUACUUCAGGAGCGAAUUCACCUUAUGUUUUAGAAAGCUUGUCCGAGGAAGAGUCUUGGUCCCUUUUUAAGCAAAUGGCUUUUAAAGGAAAGAACGAGUUACAGAAUGCACGUCGAGUGGAAAUGGGACAAGAAAUUGUGAAAAAGUGUGCAGGAGUUCCUCUAGCCAUUAGAGUUUUAGGAAGCCUAUUAUACUCGAAAGACACAGAAAAUGAGUGGUUGAAUUUUAAAAAUAAAGAUAUGGCAAAAAUAGCUCAAGAGGAAAAUAUUAUUCUACCAAUGUUAAAGUUGAGCUAUGAUCACCUUCCCUCGUAUCUAAAACAAUGCUUUGCAUUUUGUCGCUUAUAUCCUAAAGAUCAUGAAAUUGAUAAGCAACAAUUGAUCCAAUUGUGGAGUGCACAUGGAUUUAUCCUGUUGUCAAAUGCAAAUGAAGAUCUGGAAGAUGUUGGAGAUUUGUAUUUUCGAAAUUUAUUAAGGAGGUCAUUUUUUCAAGAUGAGAGCAAAGACAAACUUGGUAAUAUAAUAAGUUGUAAAUUGCAUGAUCUUAUGCACGACCUUGCAGUUUUAGUUGCGGGAAGUGAGAGUUCGACAGUUUUAGUUGCGGCGAGUGAGAGUUGGAGGAUGAAUUUGGACUCAAAAGAUGUUUCUCCAAGAACCUGUCACGUGUCAUUUGAUUCGAAAAUACAUGGUUCAUCAGAAUGGGAAAUUCCAGCUCCGUUGCUUGGAAAUAUCAAGAUUAGAACAUUCUUUCUUCCGGCUCAAGGCAGAGGCUUUUACUCUGAUACCAAUUUGUUCACAUAUAGGAGGAAAGAUAAUUCAGUUUAUGUAACAAUUGUUUCCAACUUUCAAAGGUUACGCGUGUUGGAUCUGCAUUGUUUGGAAAUGAAGACACUGCCGAGUUGCAUAGGUAAACUACGGCAUUUAAGGUAUCUUGAUAUAUCUGGUAAUCAAGAUAUCAAUGCUCUGCCAAAUUCUAUUACCAAGUUGCAAAAUUUGCAAACCCUAAAACUUGAUGGUUGUUACGAUCUUGAAGAAUUGCCAAGAGAUAUUAGAAAAUUGGUGAGCCUUAGGCAUCUCGAGUUUGAUGGUUGCGAUAGAUUGAGUAUGCCGCGUGGACUGGGGGAGCUGACUUGUCUUCGAACUUUCAAGCGGUUCAUCGUGGGUCCAUCUAGCAGGUUAAGUGAAUUGAAAGAUCUAAACAAUUUAAGGGGGGAGCUAUCAAUUGAACUACAGAGGAGGCCAAGAUUAAAAGAAGCAGAGGAAGCAAACUUGAAAGAGAAACAACACCUUCAGUCUUUGAUAUUUGAUUUUGGCGCCUAUGAUGAUGAUGAUGGUGAGUUAGAGUAGGUGUUGGAAGCUCUCCGGCCGCACACAAAUUUGAAAAAGCUUGAAAUACAUGGGUAUCGGGGUGUGGGAUUACCAACCUGGAUGUCCUUCCUCCUGAAUCUUGUUCAAAUUUCUUUAUGGAAAUGCGACGGAUGGAAACAUCUUCCAAAAUUGGAGCAGCUUCCUUGUCUCAAAAGCCUCUCUCUCUUUGGCUUAGAAUCGGUAGAGUACAUAGAUGACAACAGUUGUGGCGGUGUUAAUGAUGAGUCCUCCUCUUUUUCUCCAUCUUCUUCGAGAGACCCAACAACAACAACAGCAACGUUCUUUCCAUCACUGGAAAAUCUCUGUAUCAGGGAAAUGCCAAAUUUGAAGGGUUGGUGGAGGAGUAAAUUAGGAGAAGAUGAAAAACAAUCAACAGCAAACAAUCAAGAAGAGCAGCAGCUAUUAUCACACCCAACAUUUCCUUGUCUUGUUGAAUCAAAGAUCUACGACUGCCCUCAGCUAACAUCAAUGCCUCUGCAACCAACUGUUGUAAAACUAGAAUUUGGGAGAGUCGGCGGGAAGGUAGUACAAGAGCAGUUACUGACGAUGGCAAAGGAAACACCAACUACUGUUGCAACCUCAUCUUCUUCACUCGUUCCUCUUUCCAACUUAGAGGAACUGCAUAUAUGGGACAUUGAGGAUCUAGUUACUCUGCCGGAGGAGGCAUUCCCACUUCUCACUUCUCUACUAAAACUAAAGAUUGAAGGGUGUCCAAAACUAACCUCUCUGUCCAGAGGGAUGAGGCAUCUCACCGCCCUCAUGUCCCUGGAGAUCCUGUCCUGCCAAGAGUUGGAUUUGUCAGAUGAUGGCAUGCAUUUUCAAGGCCUUGGCAACCUAACUUCUCUGGAAAUCACCAAAAUCCCCAAGUUGGAGUCUAUUCCUGCGGGGCUUCAACACGUUACCACUCUCCAAUCUCUAUCCAUUGAAAUUCCUAAAAAUUUGGAAAGUUUACCAGAGUGGAUAGGCAACCUCACAUCACUUCAAAAACUCUAUAUUUAUUCUUGCCCGAGUUUGAAGUCACUGCCCGAAGGAAUGCGUCGGCUCACCGCAUUACAACGACUCAUAAUCCGAAGUUGUUCACAGGAGCUAAAUGAUAGAUGCCAAAAGGAAACCGGUGAAGAUUGGCCUAAGAUUGCUCACAUCCCCGAUGUUCAAAUAACUAAUAGAAGUAAGGUACUCGCCUUUCAUGCUUGAUCAGGGACUUAUAGAGAACAGUGCUUUGCUAAAAAGAGGUCCCUCUAUCUCUCACUUUUGUUGGAAAGUAAUCUUAGUAAUUUCUCAGUCAUUAAUUAUGCGUUAAAAAUGAAAAAAGGUUCCUGCUUUUUGAAGGUUGUGGAAGCUUGGUAGGAACAGAAGCAUCUUAUAAAGUGGUCAACAAAUUGGGUUCAAGCCUAGCAGGAUGUGAGCACAAUUAUUUGGAUAUGAAGCUGUUUGAGAAACUACAGUCACCGGCCAUUUCGGGGUUCAGUAUGCAAAUUAUGAGCCUAAGGAUUGGAAAUAUAUGCAAAUUACAUACACAUUGCAAAUUGACAAAGAUCCUCUCAUUUCAAUCUUUUCACUCAAGAUGAUCAUUUCCAGGUCAUGAACUACAUAUAUAGUAGCUUUUGUAUAUAUCUUUGAGUCCAUAUAUAGGAAGAAGCUUAAUUGUUAGAAAAAUAAAUGUUGGUAUGUUAUAUUGAACUAUUGACUUUCACUCUAUGAAUUCUUUGUUUGCCUUUUUCCUUAGGUGAUGUUCUAAACUAAUUGCUUCAGGUGUUCUCAUUCAAUCCAAGGAGUUAUUUGUACAAUAAAUUACUGUCUUACUACCAUAUCUUUAGCAGUAGUGCUUGAAAUGUUUCAAUGCCAAUAGCUCUCCCUAAGAAAUGUUUUUUCAUAUUUGCAGUUAGGUCCAGUGAGGGCAAUUGCAGUCACCGCAAUUUUCUUUUAUUUGUAUUUUCAUACACUAAUUUUGAUAUUUAUAAAUGUGCCCUACUGAAUUCUUAAGAAAAUUCAAAAAAAAAAAAAAAAAAAAAACCUCAUUUUCUAACAAAAUUUUUAAUAUUUAGAAAAGACCCAUGUCUUCUUCUUCUUCUUCUUGUGAGUCUCAAAAAUAAAAUUUAAGAAUCGUAUUUUUUUUUUUUUUAACCAAAAAAACUCUUCCUUUAUUAUUUGUUACUCACUCCGUCUCAAAUUUUAAAUUGUAAUGACCCGAACCCCAGGGUCCGAAUCGCUAACCGGGUCCUUAACCGAACCCGAGGUCGUCUAAGGGCAUUAUGGUCAAUUCUAAGGUCGAUACAUAAUAUACGUAUCAACCCAAGGUUUAUACAAAAAAAAUGAGAUCAUAACUACAAAAUAUGUCAAAACAGUCCACUAACCUAUCAAAACUUGUGGAGGAGCGUUAUCCGCCACUUCCUUCUCGUGCCCUGAAAAAAAAAAAAUU